GCACUACGUCAAGGUUGUCCAGUAGAUGGCGAGACUCCAGUGAGUGACUUCAGGUUGGGAAAUCAGCAGCCGUCCCCCCGCUGUGACUGUUCAAGGGAGGAUGCGGACAGGGAUGCAUGAAAACCGGGAGGACAAGCCGCUUUCAUGACGUCCCUGUGUGAGAGGCAGAGGCAACAUGGCAGAGGACUCCAGCGGAGAAAGCGCCAAGAUGCGGCUCGGUUUGCAGCUGCUUUUUUAGAUCAAGCGCGGUUAUUAUAUAAGCGCGGCUGAAAGCGGUCACACAGAGAAUGCGAGCUAAUUGGAAAGAAGGGAAAUGGAGAAAUCAAGUUUUAACCUUCAGCAUGUGGACUAAAAAUAGCGUUAGGUGAACACGAAUCGUCCCUCCGCUAAGUUAUGUAGUUCGUCAACAGUAGCAAACAAAGUUGUUGCUAAGCGACGGCGAAGUCUUGACCCCGGCGGUGCAUUGGUGGGUCGCGUAUUGAUAUUUAGAUUAACUGUCAGGUGUACAGGUAAAAGCGGUACCCUUUAGGAAGUGCGUCAACCAAUCAGCUUUGAGUGCUGGGAUUAUUAUUAUUAUUUACUUAUUUAUUUUUUUUAACUAAAACCAAACCUGCUAAUGCACCAUGCGGGCCUGUAUAUAAAUAUGUAAAACUGACCGUUUCUUUUUGUGAAAAGGAUUAACGCUGGAUUUGAAUGAACCGAAUCUUUAAGGUAACCCCGCUGGACUGAGCUCCGGAUCUGGCUUCCUCCCCCGUACCUGAACCAUCAUGUAACUGUCAUCAUUUAGACAUGGCAGAGCAUUCGCUGGGAUUUGUUGAUGGAAAACAGGCUGCGUUAUGGAGGCAGUGGUGUAUGCACAGUUUAUUUAAAGCAGGUUAUCUAAACCGAACCUGUGUUUAGGAUGAUGGGACCUCGGAUUAAGACGGGGACACCUUUAGAUACGGAGAAAAAAAAAGUGUGGCCCUCUGCAGAGGCAAUCAUGAGUCCUCCACGCCGAUCAUCAAGUUCCCAUGGCGACAGGUCCUCCUCUGAGACCCUGCAGAAAAACAAUAGCAGCAACUCUGGUGUUAUUCUGGAUAUCUCGUCUCUUAAGAUGGCAGAUGUGGAUACAGAGGUGCCUCCUCUUCCACCUCGCUACCGCUUCAGGGACCUGCUGCUUGGGGACCAGACGUUUCAGAAUGAUGACAGGUACCAAGAGGAGUACAGUAUGGACUCAACCAAUGCUCAGGUGCAGGUUGAGUUUUAUGUGAAUGAAAACACCUUCAAGGAGAGGCUGAAGCUUUUCUUCAUCAAAAACCAAAGGUCAAGCCUAAGAAUCCGUUUGUUCAACUUUGCAUUGAAGAUUCUCACCUGUGCCCUCUACAUCCUGAGAGUCAGCUUGGAUAAUCCCACAGAAAACAACAGUAUCAAUGGCACAACAUGCCAAAACAGCAGUUCACUGAAUUCUACUGAGGGACCUGAAAUCAAAUGGAACCUAAUUUUCUGGGUGAACAGACUCCAGCCUGUGUGGGCAAUACAGGUGACAGUGGCCUUAAUCAGUUUCUUGGAGACUAUGCUUAUCACAUAUCUCAGCUACAAGGGGAACAUUUGGGAGCAGAUCUUCCAGAUAUCCUUCAUAUUGGAGAUGAUUAAUACGGUACCAUUUAUUAUCACAAUCUUCUGGGCUCCAUUGAGAAACAUAUUCGUCCCUGUGUUUCUUAACUGCUGGCUUGCCAAAGGUGCUCUGGAGAACAUGAUCAAUGACUUCCAUCGUGCCAUCCAGAGGACGCACUCCGCAAUGUUCAACCAGGUGUUCAUCCUCAUCUGCACCUUACUGUGUCUGGUGUUCACAGGAGCCUGUGGGAUUCAACAUCUUGAGAGAGCCGGGAAAAACCUGUCCUUGUUUGACUCCUUUUAUUUCUGCAUCGUCACCUUCUCCACUGUGGGCUACGGCGACGUUACUCCACAGAUCUGGCCCUCACAGCUGCUGGUGGUUAUUCUCAUCUGUGUUGCUCUGGUAGUCCUUCCGCUGCAGUUUGAGGAGCUAGCGUACUUGUGGAUGGAGAGCCAGAAGCUUGGAGGGAACUACAGCCGUCAUCGGGCGCAGACGGAGAAACAUGUUGUGUUGUGUGUCAGCUCGCUCAAGAUCGACCUGCUGAUGGAUUUUCUCAAUGAGUUUUACGCUCAUCCUAGGCUGCAGGACUACUAUGUGGUGAUCCUGUGCCCAACAGAAAUAGACAUUCAGGUUCGCCGCAUCCUGCAGAUUCCUCUGUGGUCCCAAAGGGUCAUCUACCUGCAAGGGUCGGCCCUCAAAGAUCAGGACCUGAUGAGGGCCAAGAUGGACGAUGCUGAGGCGUGCUUCAUCCUGAGCAGCAGGAAUGAGGUCGACCGAACUGCUGCUGAUCACCAAACUAUUUUGAGGGCUUGGGCUGCGAAGGACUUCGCUCCAAACUGUCCUCUCUACGUCCAAAUUCUCAAACCGGAAAAUAAGUUUCACGUAAAAUUUGCAGAUCAUGUUGUAUGUGAAGAGGAGUUCAAGUACGCCAUGUUGGCUCUCAACUGCGUGUGUCCAGCCACGUCCACCUUAGUGACUCUGUUGGUUCACACCUCCAGAGGACAGGAGGGGCAGACAUCCCCGGAGCAGUGGCAGAGGACUUAUGGCCGCUGCUCUGGGAACGAAGUGUACCACAUCCAUUUAGCUGACAGCAAGUUUUUUGGGGAGUAUGAUGGAAAGAGCUUCACCUACGCCUCCUUUCAUGCCCAUAAGAAGUAUGGUGUGUGUUUGAUCGGGGUGAAGAGGGAGGACAACAAGAGCAUCCUCCUGAAUCCCGGACCACGUCACAUCAUGGCUGCUACCGACACCUGCUACUACAUCAACAUCACCAAGGAGGAGAACUCGGCCUUCAUCUUCAAACAGGAGGAAAAACAUGGGAAGGGUCUCCCCGUCACCGGGCUCUACGACGCCCCCUCCAGGCUGCCUGUGCACAGCAUCAUAGCCAGCAUGGUUGAUCAGGCCACCUCAUAUGGGACUGUAGCGAUAGAUCUCCAGCACCCCGAUCCUCCGGAGGAAAGUGGAAAACUGACCCUUCCCACUGAGAACGGAGCUGGAAGUCGAAGGCCAAGCAUCGCACCCGUCUUGGAAAUUGCUGACUCCUCCGCCAUCUUGCCCUGCGAUCUCCUCAGUGACCAAUCGGAGGACGAGACCAACCAAUCAGAUGAGGAGGGCUCCGUGGGGUUGGACUUUGUGAAGGGCUACCCUCCAAACUCCCCCUACAUCGGCAGCUCGCCAACUCUGUGCCACCUGCUGCCACAGAAAGCUCCGUUCUGCUGCCUUCGCCUCGAUAAGGGCUGCACACAUAACAGCUUUGAGGAUGCUAAGGCCUACGGCUUCAAAAAUAAGCUGAUUAUAGUGUCUGCAGAGAUGGCAGGAAAUGGGCUCUAUAACUUCAUAGUUCCCCUGCGAGCUUAUUAUCGGCCCAGAAAGGAGCUCAACCCAAUAGUGCUGCUACUGGACUAUCCACCAGACAACCACUUCUUAGAGGCCAUUUGCUGCUUUCCAAUGGUUUACUUCAUGCCUGGAACUAUUGAUAAUUUGGACAACCUGCUCCAGUGUGGAAUAAUCUAUGCUGAUAACUUGGUGGUUGUGGACAAGGAGAGCACCAUGAGUGCUGAGGAAGACUACAUGGCAGACGCCAAGACUAUUGUCAAUGUCCAGACAAUGUUCAGAUUGUUCCCCAGUCUCAGCAUCAUCACGGAGCUCACGCAUCCGUCCAACAUGAGGUUCAUGCAGUUCAGAGCCAAGGACUGCUACUCACUCGCUCUGUCCAAACUGGAGAAGCAAUGGUCUGGUAACGUCAAUUGUGGGAAAUCGUGUAUAUCAAUGAACGAAAAGUCUGAAUAUACAAUUGAGCGCGAUAAGGGCUCCAACUUGGCCUUCAUGUUCCGGCUGCCGUUCGCUGCCGGCCGGGUGUUCAGCAUCAGCAUGCUCGACACUCUGCUGUACCAGUCGUUUGUUAAGGAUUACAUGAUUGCUAUUACGCGGCUUCUGCUCGGACUGGACACCACGCCCGGAUCGGGCUACCUGUGUGUUAUGAAAAUCACGGAGGAAGAUUUGUGGAUCAGGACUUACGGCCGACUCUUCCAGAAAUUUUGUUCUUCCAGUGCUGAAAUUCCCAUUGGGAUCUACCGCACUGAGUCGCACAUGUUCUCUACAUCAGAGAGGAAGGACAGUAAUGCGCAGUCUCAAGUGUCCAUCAACGCCGGACAUGGGGAGGAGCAUCAGGGCCGCGCAGGGUCCUGGAAAGAGAAAACAGCCCACAGAAACUCCACCACGAGUGACCAAUCAGAGCAUCCGCUGCUGAGGAAGAAGAGCAUGCAGUGGGCUCGGCGGCUGAGCAGGAAGAACGCCAAACCAGCGAGCAGAGCGGAGCGCAUUUCGCAGCAGAGACUCAACCUGUACCGGCGCUCUGAGAGGCAGGAGCUGUCAGAGCUGGUCAAGAACCGGAUGAAGCAUCUGGGCCUCCCGACUGUGGGAUACGAGGAUGUUUCUAAUCUCACUGCGAGUGAUGUCAUGAAUCGAGUAAAUCUAGGAUAUUUGCAAGAGUUGCAGGAUAUCUCAGAGCAGCCGUAUACAGAGGGGACAAGGCCGUCAGGGCCACAAGCAGAUGAGAUGAACGACCACCAGAACACGCUGUCCUACGUUCUCAUCAAUCCUCCUCCCGACACCAUGCUGGAGAUCAACGACAUCGUGUACAUUAUUCGCUCUGACCCUCUGGCUCACAUGCCAGAGGACUCACAGAUGGGACAGGCGGCCCGAAACACCAAGAACCAACAGGACUUUGGCGCACAGUCAAGAAAUGAGACUCACCUUUAAAAGCUUUGAGUCUUUGGUUCUAUGAGCGUCGAUAGAUCUCAUAUACCUCGCACAAACGAAGGCCAGACAGGGGCGGUGAUGAGGUGUUCAUAGUGAAUGUGCAUUAAGUGUCUCUCAGCCUGAGACCAGAGAUUAGCCACAUCCUAAAAGACGGCCCUGAGAUUCCCGUUUUCAUCAGAGCUGCCAUUGGAGGAUGCAUGAAGAGUGCCUAGUCAUCAAUUCCCCUCACAAAACUCCCUGCAACCGAGAACCUGAACGCAGCUUCCUCUGUCCAGCCCGACUGCAGAGAGCAGAAGGGUUAUUGGACGUAAUCGGAUGGUUAAAGCCGGUUUCUGUGCCGAUAGAUAAAAUAAUUUAAUUUCAUGUUUAGCUCAGGUGGGGGGAAGCUGCCCUUGUGCCACUAUCAGCUUUUUGCCAAUUUCUUCACCUGUUUCUGCUGAUAAUCAGAAACUAACUGAAAACCAUUCACAUCCGACAACUUAAACAUCACAGUUUGCUUUUAAAGAGAGCUGAUGAUUUAGUUGGUUUUCUACAUUUUCAAGUAUUACCAGGAAAUUAAGGUACAUGUGCAAUUUUCUUCUUUUAUUAUGUCACUUUCAUUUAUUCUUGUGAACUUUUUGUCUUUACAGGCACAUUGUUUUAAAUUUAUUACGUGUUUACACCAGUUGCACCUUUAUUAGCCAAGUUAGCAUUUCUCUCUGUAAUUUUGUCAGUUGUUGAAAAAUGAACAUUGUUAAAUUAUUUCCCUGUUAGAAAUCAUGACAGCUCCACAUUAUGCCGUUUUAUUUAUUUGUAAAUACUGUUAUUACUGUGCCAUUUUUCUAUUUAUUUUGUGUCACCAGUGGGUUUUUUUGUAUCAUUUUCAAACCUGACUGCAACAUCUGCUGCUGCUGCCAUGCAAAAAGUAAACGUACAGAAGAAAGAACAUACAGUUAAGGAAAUACAUAUUUUUAAGGAGGCUAAUAUAUCAAAUUAUACCUGGUCAGUGCCAAAUUUAACCAACUGUUGAUCAUAGUACUUGCUAUUUAAAUCAAAUUUGAGUUACUUGUUAGAAAAAAUUAAUUUAAUGGAAGUUGACUAUGGCCACUGGAAAAAAAA